CAACAGAACAGAGCACUGCAAGCUUCCUCUAGGUUUAGAAACUCAGGGCAGGCAGGUGGCAUCUGAGGACUACAUCUGUGCUUUGUCUUUCCUCCUAGGCAUGUCUAAGAAAACCAACCGGGGCUCCCAGCUACACAAAUACUACAUGAAGCGAAGGACGCUGCUGCUGUCCCUGCUGGCCACUGAGAUCGAGCGGCUCAUCACAUGGUACAACCCACUGUCAGCCCCAGAACUGGAGCUAGACCAGGCCGGAGAGAACAGCGUGGCCAACUGGAGAUCUAAGUACAUCAGCCUGAGUGAGAAGCAGUGGAAGGACAACGUGAACCUGGCCUGGAGCAUCUCUCCCUACCUGGCUGUGCAGCUGCCUGCCAGGUGGGCCCCCAGGCACCACGGCCUGAUACAGGCCUCACCAGAGGCCCAGAGCAGGGCGCCUGCCAGCUGGGUCAUGAAUGCUGGGGAGCACCCUGCAGCCCCUCUCAAGGACGGUCAGGAAGUAGUCUAGCAGGCUACUUUGAUCAUGAAGCGCCAGGACACUCCCCCAGCUCUUCUGUGCAGAGAUAACCCAGCAACCCUUGUGAUCUUUUCAGACGCCUGCCUGGGGUGCUGCAGCACCUGGAGCCUAGGGAGGUAGCAGCAGGGUGAAUUCAGAGCCAAGAUCUGAUUCAUGCCGGAUAGGAGGCAUGUGGAGGCUGUCACUCCUGGCAGGCGGCUGCCGGAUCCGCCUUGGGGAGGGUUUGGGUUUGUUCCUGGAUGUCACCUUUCAGUGGCAGAGUACUCGGAGGAGGCACAUGCUGCAGACAGCAGCCACAUUCCUGUGAACUGCCUGUGGCAGCUCUUACAGGAACAGAACCUCAGACCGAUGGUGGCUGAGAGGGACUGCAGAGUCCCUGUUUAGAAUCCCACCAAAUGGGGCCGGGCCCAGUGGCUCAAGCCUGUAAU